AUGCGACCCGGGGCCGAGUGCAAAACCAACAGUUCAUUAGUCGGAGAAACGGUGACCGCGCGGCGGCCGUCCCGGGCGCGUGUGCCUGCGUGCGCGCCGCGGCACCGGCGGCUGCGGUUACCCGUGUCGGUGGCCGCCGUCGGGCCGCGUUGCGUUUUAUCGGACACGAACGCGAGCGUGCGUGCCCCGUCCGACGGCGGCCGCGACGGUGACAGCGCGCCGCCCGGUACGACGAAAGGGUCCGGGCCGCCACCGCAGCCGCCGGGCGCGCCGGCGAGCCGUCAAGCCCCGUCGGUCGCGUCCCGUGAUGCGAACCGUACGGGCCGCGCGACUGUUUCAGCCGCGUUCCGCGAAACAGCGAGAAUCGUGCGCGCCGACGACAACGCGACCGGCGCCCGGUCGACCGCAACACCUGUACCGAGGGCUAUACCGAGCGGCGAUGCGAAAAAUCCGUCGCAAUAG